GCCCGCCGCCGCCGACCGCACCCAGCGCCUCCAUGCGCGGGCUCGCGCUCGUGCCUCCCCGCCGCACCGCACCGCCGGCUACCGGAGCACCGCCGCCGGAAGAGCGCGCCUCCAUGCCCUUUCUCCUUAUUCCCUCCCCUUCCUCCGGUUCUAUUUCUCACCUCCCUCUCUCUCUCUUUUGCAGGAAGCGGAAGCCAUGGCCGCCGCCCCGCCGCCCCGCGCCGGCCGGCCAUCGGAGCGCCGCUGCUGGACCAACGCGCCGCUGCCCUCCUCUCCUUCUCCCCCUCCCUACGGUUCUAUCUCUCACCUCCCUCUCUCUCUCCUUUGCAGAAAGCCACGGCCGCCGGACCUCCACGCCUCCGCGAGCCCGCCGCCGGCCUGCGACCUCUACGCUGCCUCCAGUCCUCUCCGGACUCCUCCGUCGUAUUAUUCUCAUUCUCCGACGCUGCCAAGUUCGCCCGAGGAAGAAGCGUCGAGUUCGCCGGAGGAACAAGAACAUCCGUCCAGCCGUCCAUUGUCACCUGAGCUACACCAGAGGUGCCAAAGGUGUCCGAUCUAACUAAGGUGGAGGCCAAGGAGGUUUAGCUCUCGGACAUUGCACCAAUGACGCUGGAUAAUACCGACAUGCAUACUGUAAGUUUCAUUUAUUCAGAUUGGGACCUUUCUUCCUGUUAUUUUGCCGUCAAAACUGAAAAAGAGUGAUGCUAAUUCGCUAAAGGUCAAUGUAGUCAUCAGCCUGUAUGCUCUCAAUCUCCUGGCAGAGUAUUUUCCCUUAAAUGAUGCUACUGUCACAUGAUGCAUAUCAUGGUUCUUUGGCCUUGGAUCAAUUUAUUCUGCAUUUACAUGAUAUAUUGCUUCUAGCCAAUGAAAUUUGAUCCACAUUUGUGUGUGUAUGCAUAUCCUAUACUGGAAACUUGUGCUUUGCCCAUUAUAUGAUUAUACUAGCGGGCAGAGGCGCGGCGGCACGCCGCGCUUGUGAAACAGCCCAUCUAAAUGCUUGUUGUUGGUUUCGCAAGAGAAAAACAAUAACUGCAUAUCAGCUCUCAUUUUUACUUGCAUAUAGUGCUACUUGAA